CCGGCUCUGCGCCUGCGCGGGCAGGAGGCAAGAUGGCGGCGCCCAUGUGGGUAGCGGGGAGGUGGGGAUGGCGGGUUCCUCUUACUCGGGUGUAGAACUGCUACCAUUUGCAGCAGAAUGUGGCUCCCCUGCUGUCGAAUCCUUCGUGUUUCCUCUUGUUGGCCAAGGCCUUGUCAUGGAGCCCUGGACCCAGUUACAUGGCAGGAGAAGCUAGUUCAAAGAAGCAUCCGAUCUAUUUAUAGUGAAACAGGACAAUGGGAGAAGAAAUAUGGACUGGAAACCAGGAAGAAAGUGGAAAGUUGGUGGCGUCCAAGAAUAAAAGAACCGUUCAACACAACUGAAGGGACAGAUAAAUCAAGACCGAAGUUUUAUGUCCUCUCAAUGUUUCCAUAUCCUUCUGGGAAGCUUCAUAUGGGCCAUGUUCGAGUCUACACCAUCAGUGAUGUCGUUGCGCGAUUUCAGAGGAUGAGAGGAUUGCAGGUCAUUAAUCCGAUGGGAUGGGAUGCAUUUGGUUUACCUGCAGAGAAUGCAGCAAUUGAGCAUGGAUUUCACCCAGCGAACUGGACACAAAGUAAUAUUCAACAUAUGAGAAAGCAGCUUGAUGAACUAAACUUGUCUUUUAACUGGGAUCGGGAAAUAACCACUUGUUUGCCAGACUACUAUAAAUGGACUCAAUAUCUUUUUAUCAAACUUUAUGAAGCUGGAUUAGUUUACCAAAAUGAGGCCAUGGUUAAUUGGGACCCCGUGGACCAAACUGUUCUUGCUAACGAACAGGUGGAUGAAAAUGGCUGUUCAUGGCGCUCAGGAGCAAAAGUGGAGAAGAAAUAUCUCAAACAAUGGUUUAUUAAAACAUCCGCCUAUGCAAAGGCCAUGCUUGAUGCUUUGCCUGGGCUCCCCAAGUGGUAUGGAAUAAAAGAAAUGCAAGCCAAUUGGCUGGGGGACUGUUCUGGAUGCUAUUUUGAGUUCAUGCUAAAGGUUAAUAACAAACCAACAGGAGAGAGAAUAGCAGCCUAUACUUCUGCCCCUGAAGCCAUAUACGGAGCUUCUCACUUGUAUAUCUUACCUAGCCAUCGGCUAUUGCACGGAAACAACGGUCUAAAGGAAAUCCUCCAGAAGAAAUGUGUUCCAGGCAAAGACUCUCUUACUUCGGUGACAGCUAUAAACUUGCUCACAAAUCAGGAGAUUCCUGUAGUCAUAUCAGCAAAAUCAGAGUUUGAAGGUUCUCUUGAUACUAAAAUAGGAGUCCCUUGUAUUAGACCAGAUGAUGCCGAAGUUGCCCAGAGUUUAGGUCUGGCUUCUGAAAAUGUCAUCGAAACUUUGCCAGAUGGCUCAGAGAAACUGGCCAACUCCGGAGAGUUCACAGGUAUGAGUAGACAAGAAGCUAUAAAUGCCAUUACCCAGGAAGCCAGAAAUAAAGGAGUAGGAGGACAUCUAACGAGCAACAAAUUAAAAGAUUGGCUGGUAUCACGACAGCGCUAUUGGGGGACACCAAUUCCCAUCAUUCACUGCAAGGCGUGUGGGCCUGUCCCUGUGUCUUAUGAAGAUCUACCUGUGAGGUUGCCCAACAUAACAUCCUUCACAGGAAAAGGUGACCCACCUUUAACUUCUGCUGCCCACUGGAUAAACUGCUCAUGUCCAAGGUGUAAGGGCCCCGCAAAGAGGGAAACGGACACCAUGGAUACUUUUGUUGAUUCCGCUUGGUAUUAUUUAAGGUACACCGAUCCUCAUAACUCUGACAGGCCUUUUCAUAAAGAACUGGCAGACUACUGGAUGCCUGUGGAUCUGUACAUCGGAGGAAAGGAGCAUGCCGUGAUGCAUUUGUACUAUGCCCGAUUCUUCAGUCAUUUUUGCCACGACCAAAAGCUGACGAAGCACAAAGAGCCUUUUAAUGAACUGUUAGUUCAAGGCCUUAUCAAGAAUCGGACAUUCAGGCUAGCAACUACGGGCCAAUAUUUGAAGAAAGAAGAACUUGAUCUUACUGGUCCUGAACCCAUUCACAUAAAAACCAAGGAGAAAUUGCAGGUGACUUGGGAGAAGAUGAGCAAAUCCAAACAUAAUGGCAUAGAGCCAGAGGAUAUGGUCCAGAUGUACGGGAUUGAUACUGUUCGGCUCUACCUCCUCUUUGCCGCUCCUCCAGAGCAAGACAUCUUAUGGGAUGCAAAGACCGAUGCAAUCCCUGGGGUGCAGAGAUGGCAAUCUCGCCUCUGGCACUUAGCAACCAAACUUAUUGAAGCCAGGGCUUCUGGAACGAUGCCCAGGCCUCAGCUCCUGAAUCAAAAAGAACAAGCCCAAGCAAGACGUAUCUGGGAGCAGAAGAACUUUGUGGUCUCUGAGGUAACGGGAUACUUCCUCAAGGAUUACUUGUUUAAUGCUGCAAUUUCUCGACUGAUGAGCCUUAGUAAUGCUUUGUCGCAAGCCUCCUCACGGCUUAUUCUCCACAGUGUGGAAUUUGAAGAUGCUCUGGCAACUCUCUGUAUUAUGCUUGCCCCGAUGGCCCCACACAUAACUUUAGAGAUCUGGAAAGGCUUGUCUCAAAUUCAGAACAAACUUUGCACUCAUCACCACUGGGACAAGGAUGUGCUGCAGCAGCCCUGGCCCACAGUAGACCCAGAAUAUGUUCAGCAGCCAGAUGUAGUGGAAGUGCUGGUUCUGAUCAAUAACAAACCCUGUGGUAAAGUUGGUGUACCUCAGCAAGUAGCCCGAGAUGCAGAAGUUGUUCACGAACUGGUUGUUCAAAGUCAGCUGGGAUCUGAACAUCUCCAAGGACGGACUAUUACCAAAUUCUUUUUGUCUCCUAGAACUGCCCUCAUCAGCUUUUUAGUCCAGGAAUAAUGGAAAGCUGGAAAUCAUUAAAAGAAGACUGAUUAAAAAUAAAAAGGGCAUUUAUUGAAAACUUAUUCUGUGCUUGAUAGGCAGGAGCAAAAUGUUGCUAUAACAAUUGAGUGCUGCUUAUCCCGUUUCUCUCCAUGUAAAAGAAAAAUGGUGGGGACAAUUGAGCUCCUCUUCUAUAAUCAGGGAAGAAAAACUAUGUCAUUAACAUUCUCCAGCUUGAAUAAAGAUGCUGCAGGGAAUAGAAAGGUGAAAGAAAUAGGUAAGGAGAAAAAUGAUAUAAUCUCUGCUUUUGAAACAGUGUAAGAGGCAGAUUUCGCAUGGGCCAAAAACAACUGUGUGAAAACAGUGUAAAAGCGUUUAAACUGGUGUAAAAGGGUUUACACCAUUUUCACACCACUGUUUUUGGCCAAUGCGGAAUCUGCCAGAGACAUGCUUGGACCAGCAUAAGUCAGUGUUGCAAGGAUCCUGCAUAAUAACCUCUAAUUCAGGGAUGUCCAACUGUGGCCUUCCAGAUGUUCAUUGUGCUGGCAGUGGCUUGUGGGAAUCGUCCAUGAACUUCUGGAGGGCCAGAGUUGGAUCCCCCUGCUCUAAUUCAGUAAUUAACAGCUAGCAAUCAUGUUCUCCCCCCACACACACACACACAUAGCAGAAAUCUGCUUUUCAAUACUAAAACAAACAUUAUUUUGUAAAGUUAUUCUUUUUAAAGAAAACGAAAAAGCAAGAGGGUCAUUAGACCGAUCCAGGAUCAGUAUCCACUGUUAAAAACCACGGUUAAAAACAGAAGAAUCUCUCCUCAGUUCCAUUUCAGCUGGUUCAGUAGCCCACCUAAAUUCUCGAAAAUUUGUACUAUGUUACUUAUUCAGUGGUUGCUGGAUUUUCAGCAAUUCUCACAGAUCUCUCCAUCCUGAAUGAGCUAAUGAAAAUUACUUCAGAGCAGGAAGUAAAGGAACCUGACUUAAAUUAUUAGUUCCUUGUAUCAAAGUGUUGAUAAUAGAUCAAGUCCAAGCACUGCAGCGCUGGCAAGGGAUAUCCAUUCAAGCCAGUUUUGAUCAUUUGUUCCUCUGUAACUCUCACACAGCUGUAGAUAUUUGGCUACAGUGGAAGCUAUUAUCUUGUCUGUGAACUUUAUAAUGUGGAAAUAAAAAAAUGAAGUGUGUUUUCAA